AUGAUUAUAUUAAUCUUAUUGAUAAGUUAUUCAUUUGGUAAAACCAAUGAUAAUAGGGAUCAAUUUUCUCCAAAUUAUCCAUAUGGAAAACAAAACCAAGGUACAAAAUUUAACACGUAUUUUACGAGUGAUGUUAACAGUUAUCAGAUUCAACAGUUUGCUGAGAGUGGAGUUUUCAGUGCAAAUCAAGAGAAUUAUGUUCGUGCCAAGUGUAAAACAUGUUGUAGAGUUAUUUUUGCUUCUGAUUAUAAUUACAAAACUGAAAAACAGUUUACUGAUACAGAUGAUAAAAACGGAGAUGAUAGAUAUGUUAUGGAUAUGGAAUUUGAUGAUAAAAGAUCAGUAAGAUAUGCAAAUGGAGGUUAUGAACAAAACAUUUUAUUAAGACCAUUGAAACAAGGAAAUGAACUUCAAUUCUUUGAAUUUGCACCAUACAGAAUGUACACAAGUUAUGCAAUUCCAAAAAGAGUACACGAUAUUAGAGCAGGAGCUUUUGAAGGACAUUCACUUAUUAUUUGGUCCAAAAAUCCACCAUUAUCAGAUGCACCAGGUACUAAAAACCAACGUUUUGUUUAUGUUCAUCCUUAUUCGACUGAUUGGUAUCCAGAAUACCACUCCAAAGUUAAGUAUAAUAAUAAGGGAAGAGUCGUUGAAAAAACUCUUGAAUGGCCUACAUAUAAAAGACACUUCUAUCUUCCUUAUCGACUUGAUGUUGACCUUUGUUAUCAAGCAAGGAAAAAGAAUGAAGCAAAAGAAAAAUGGACUGGAAACAAUCACCUUAAUACAACAAGUAUAAGUUAUCAAAUUAUAGCAUCAAAGUGUAAUGCAACUGAACCAAGACAGGUUUUUAUUCCAGUAUUUGCAUAACUUUUGGAAAUUAAGUUAUUUUUGUUUCAU